CUGAGACGACAGGCGGAAGAAGCACCGACUAGCGAACGGAUCCUUUCAGAGCAGCGGAAAGAGACUCGCUCCGAGGCUCAGGAACAGAAGGAACAGGCAGACAGAGAAGCGACCACUGAACAGAUCUUUUCAGAACAACGGGGACUUGUUCCGAAGGCCGUGAACAAGAGGAAUUUGCGAACUGAGCGAGAAUGAGGAAACUCAGACCCCUCGCCUUCUGCUUCCUCUGUUACUGGAUCGCCCUUCCUGCGCUCUGCGGCCGUCCCCUGCGAUUCUCAGACAAGACGAUCCCUCUGGGACGGGUUCCUGGCUGCCGGCGGGAAGCGGGGGGUCCCGGGUUGGACGCAGACAAGGAUAUAGCCAUCCUCCUGUCCCGUCUGCAGUCUGAGUUGGAGUCACAGCCAGAGCUCAGUGCAGCCUGGAGCCGAGCGGGACUCGAGCUCCGUGAGAGUUCAGGAGGGAGCGGCCCCUCCAUUAGCGAGGAGCUGGCCCGGACCGUCAUGACCUAUACCCUGGAGCACCCUCCUCCGCCCUCCACUCCCUUUUACCUCAUCUUCAAUAGAGAGACCCGCCUGUGCCUAGCCUCCAGUCUCCAGACCCCAACUGCACCAACCUCCUGUGUGGCCUUCCGGACUUACCGCAGCCUCCUGUCCCGGGCACUAAAGGAGCUGAGGGAGCGGGAGGGGGUGGACCAUCCCUGGACAGUGUACAGAGGGGCCUCACUCCCCUUCCGGGCCAAACAGGGGCAGACGAUCGAGUUUGGAGCAUUCACCUCGGCCUCGGCUUUCCGGGAAGUGGCGGAGGCUUUUACUGGAGGGGAUGGGACCCUGUUCCACAUCCGGACGGCCAGAGGGGUUCCGGUGGGCUCUCUCUCCCCCUUCCCCGGUGAGAGGGAAGUGCUGAUACCCCCUUGCGAAGCGUUCCAGGUCGAUAAGAUCCUGAGGUCAAAAGGGCCGUGGGGAGGGAAAGGAAGGGUGGAAAUCUUCCUCACCUCGGUGGAGCUGCUCCGGGGGAUCUCCGGCGGCAGAGAGGGCGGGAGCCCCGGAGUACCGGCACUGCUGGGGCUGGUGCUGCUGCUGGGUUCGGGGAUUCCGUGGUCCUGAGGUCAAAGGAAUUGUCGGGUGAGAGCGCGAGAAUGCGGGUUUGGGCCUUGAGAGGGAGCUGCUCGAUGGUGAAGGA